AUGUCGUUCAAGUGUUUGGCCCACUGGAAAUUUUCAGAUGAAAAUGUAUACCCCAUUUUCAUAACCAGUUUCACAACAAUUUUAACAGAACAACAAAAAACCGUAAUAAUGGUAGCAUGUGACGAUCAAGUUGUUUCUCUUUCAGUUCCAAGUAUCGAUCGUGCGCUUAGUGUAAUGAAUGUUCCAUUAGAAUUUAGCCGGUGUGAUUUGCCAUACACAGGGUUAUUACGUGAAUUGCGAGCAUCUGACUCGACUGCAAUUUGCUUGGCAUCGGAUGGCAAAAUGAUGGUGUAUGAUUUCACGCAAGGUAUAUUCGUUAAAAUCAUGGAUUGUAGUCAUAUUCGACACGUCAAACCCGGAAACAAACAAGGCGAAUGGAUAAUCAUCAGGCAAUCGGAGAACGGAGAGAUGCUGUUGGAAGUGAUUGAAAUAUCUGAAAAUCUCACUAAGCACAACAUUCUGAAGCGGUACGAGUUACUAGUGGAAUGCAGCGACAAUGGAACCCGAUACUUAGUCCACAAGUUCUCCGUCAAUGCAACAAACGAUCGAUUUUUGGGAAACUUUCUUGCAUUCACAAAACUUUCAAUCGGAGAUGAAAUUUUCCUGAUAGCGAUAAACAACAAUCUCUACUGGCUGCAGCAGCAAGAUUCUGGCGAAAGCGAUAUGAUAGUGGUGCGUUGUUUUGCCUCUAGCAUAAUGGAUAUCGAUUUCUUCGAGAACAGUCUCUGUCUGACGGUCCUACUAGAAGCCGGCUUACUGGUCGUCUUCAGGCAAUCUUCAAACCCGGAGGCAUUGAUUGUAACCAGCUCUUCCGUCUACCUUCACGCUCCCAUUGAGGCUUAUGCUUUUGAUAAGAAUAACAACGCUUUACUGUACUCCAAUGGGGUGGGCAUGCACCGUGUCCAUUUUCACUACUCCGAAGAAACUAAACAAAUCGACACUGAAAUGGAAGACAUUCAUCUGCGAGGGGUUUUGGCGAUUACGCUGCUCGAUACUAAAUCGUUGGCACUGCUUGUCACCGAGAAUAAUCAGUUCUACUACAUGAACUGCAAGGAUAAAAUGAAAAUUAACCAAACGGAAGCAUCGAAAAUGUUUCUGCUGCCAGGUAACGUGCGAAAUGUUUCGCACCGUGUAACGAGACGACUCACCGAGGAAAUUGAAUUAGAUAAACGGCUUGAAGAAGCACUACAAAUUGAACAAGCCAAGUUUGAUGUGCUAGCUCUACAUAGGAAUAGAAGCAUUUUUGGAGGGCUUUCCCGACUUACGAUUAACUUCCAGAAUGAUAUGCCGCCAAGAAAAGCACCGGCAUUCGUAAUAGGUAUGCAAGGCGAAAAUGUUUGUUUAUUUGCUAGUGUGAAGAUAGAAAUUAAUCUGGGGAUCUUUCAGCUGCUCUUGCAGCAAAAACGAUGGCUUGUUAGCAUUGAAUAUAACGGGAAUACUAGUGUCCGCCCAGUGCAUGAAACGUUUACCAAAGAUGGUGUACUCCAUGCGGUGGUGUUUGUUCACAAAAGCGAUCUAAUGAACGGUUUGCCAAAUUUCCACGUCAUUCUUUUGGCAGCAGUACGACAUGGUAACGAAAAUCUUCUGUUGACGAUUCCAAUACCGUAUUCUGGUAAUUCAGUCGAAGAAGAUGCAACCAAUCUGAUACAACAGGCAGGCUCAUGGCUAAGUGCUGUUGAGAACCGCGUUGCGUUACCAAUCAUCGGAAUAUUAUCUCAAAAUAAUCCCUAUCCGAUGGAGAAGCGAAAAGGGAACGGCAUUUUAACGUACUCCAUUCGCAAUGAGCAAUCGAAAACGAAGGCUAUUAGUUUUUCUAGUGUGUUGGAAAGUAAUGACCACGACAGUUGGUGGGCGUUGGAUGAGGCUAUUAGCAUUCGUUGGCAUGGUAAAAGGUCAGUGAUUUGUCUGAAAACAUGUCAUCCGGUAGCACUGGAUCUGGUGAAACGUUACCUGCUAGACGAAGAAGAGUAUGGUGCUGAAAUCGAGCUGAUUAGAGAGAAAUUAAAGGGUCAGUUUCUUGAGCUGCAAGCGGUCACCGAUCCGUCCCUUAUAGUUCAGUUGUAUCGAAGGAUAAGAAACAGCGAUUCCAUCGAUGUAGAACUAUCAUUAAACUUAUCAAAUCCAAGCUAA